AUGGAUGACAACAGAACUAUCGUCGUUGCCAUAGACUUCGGUCUAACUUAUACUGGAGCGGCCUUCAUUUGCCCGUCCUCUUCCCGCCGCCCGGAUGAAGUUGUCACCUUCAACCGGUGGCCGUCCCACAACGGUACAAAGCACGCCCCCAAGGCACCCAGUGCGGUUGCGUACCCCGUGCACAACCCGCGAGCCCAGAAGAGACGUUGGGGAUUUCAGAUUCAACCAGGAAUGACGGCAUCAUCAUGGAUGAAGUUUUUCCUGGAUGACGAGGCCAGCAAUGAACUGUGGGCAUUGAGCACUGGGCCGUGGGAAAGGGCAGGCGGAGCACUCUGGAUUCCCGACAACAAAACACCGAUCGAAGUCAUCGCGGACCUCUUGAGAGAAGUCUACCGAUGCAUAAUGAGGGCAUUGAAAGAUCAUGUCGCGAAAGUCACCCGGGGGAAUUACGACGGAAUUCCUGUGGAAUUCUGGUUCGCCGUUCCCACAACCUGGUCAGAGAUCGCCAAGGAAAGAACGAUAAAAGCUGCUGUCCAGGCAGGCUUUGACACAGGACUUGGAGGAUAUUCAGCCGAGAUAGUGCUCAUCGACGAGCCUCAUGCGGCCAUGACCGAUAUCAUCGCCCAGGCGUCACCCACGACUUAUUCAAUCUGGGCGGGUGAUGCGAUCCUCGUGUGCGACUGUGGCGGAGGCACCACAGAUGUAGUCAGCUACUACAUAGACGAGGUCGACCCUUACUCGUACAGCGAGAUAAGUGCCUCCUCAGGUGCAAUUUGCGGUGCCACUACAGUACAGCGCGCACUGUACACUCUUAUGAUAGAGAGGUUCGGCGAUGCAUUUAUCGAUGCCCCUCUUCCCCUACGGGCCCCAGGAAGUCUCUUUAUGGCGAAUUUCGAGGAAUGCAUGGCUAAAUUCGACGGUUCCGACCAGUCAAAGGCUCAGCUUCCGCUACGUAUGGAGUCUCGGGGAUACAACCCGAGGUGGUACAACAUACGGAAGGCUGAGGUCCUUCUUUCCGCAGAUGAUCUGCGUGGGUUAUUCAACCCGGCUUUGAGUACUAUUUGCAACCUAUUGAGCCGUCAGAUGGUGGCCGCAUACAAUCUUCCACAAAGGAUACACAUAAAUCAGAAGAUAUUCCUGGUUGGAGGCUUUUGUUUGUCCCCAUAUGUCUUCCAGGCCAUCUCUAAUCGCUUCGCGGUUAACGGCGCAACAAUCGUCUACAGGCCCGACGAGGCACAGUUGUCCAUGGUACGGGGUGCCGCAAUUUGGGGAUCAGGGGUUCUCCGACCGGCAACAAGGGUCUCCCACUGCCACUUCGGCGUCGAAGCGUCGAUGACAAUGGAUAAUUUCUAUACUGCGGAUUACCAUUACCUCAGUUCACUAUCGAGUGGCAGGACCGCCACGAAUACCAUCACCUGGCUCGUGUCUAAGGGGGUUCGAUACAAAACCGACGACUUUGAGGACUACCCGAUCUUCCUCGUCCACAAGUACGAUGACUUCUCAACAAAGUCUUGUAAUGUAUACUCAUCAACAAUGGACGCGGCUCCAGUUCGGCUCGAUCACGAAGGUGUGCGACUGACGAUGCCAGUUAUCUGCGACUUACAGAAAUUAGACCUGGAGUCAAUGCCUCAGAGAAAUAUCAAUAACUGCCUAUUCUACUUGGUAGAAUGUAAUGUCCACGUUAUCCUUGGGCAGAGCGACGGGUCCAUCAAGUUGGAAGUGUGGGCACAGAAUCAGGUAAUUGGUGACAAUGGAUCUCUCAACUUAGCAUGA